GACACACCACUAGUUAUACGUUAUUGGGUGUUGGUACGUUUGUAUACACGCACGCUACGUCGCGCCGCCACGGUCCACUCCAUGUCAGAGAAACGAAAACAAUAAUCAGCUGAUUCGACGGCUGGGUCUCCUCAGCGAGGGGCAGUGGGAAGAGGGGUCGGACGGCGAAGAGGGGGGAAGGGAGACAGGACUGGUCGCGAUUGGAACAGGCUGGAACAUGAGCGCCGCUUGCCGUUUGCGAUCGUUUUCGACUUGGGUCACAUACAUUAACAUUAACAUUUACAGUCGUUCUUGUACGAUGUUCACCGUGACCCGCUUUAAUUUUAUUACGAUUACGUUGAUGUGUAACGCCAUCGCCGUCGGUGCGCGGCCAAAUAUACUGCUGAUUGUUGUCGACGAUCUGAGGACCACCUUAGGAUGUUACGGCGACGCUAACGCGUACACACCGAAUAUAGAUGCCCUGGCUGAGAACGGCAUCAUCUUCACCGAGGCGUUCGCACAGCAAGCGUUAUGCGCGCCUAGUAGGAACUCCUUCCUGACGGGCAGACGACCGGACACCCUUCGGCUUUAUGAUUUUUAUAGCUACUGGCGUGAUGCAGCAGGCAAUUACACUACGUUGCCGGAACACCUGAAGAACAAUGGAUAUACCACAAUGUCUAUAGGAAAAGUGUUUCAUCCAGGCAUAAGUUCUAAUGGAUCCGAUGACAAUCCCUAUUCGUGGACCGAGAAACCUUUUCAUCCGUACACAGAUCGAUAUAAAAAUGCUCCAGUCUGCAAAACGAUCCCGCAGUCGAAGGCAGCAACGAAUCUCAUAUGCCCGGUACAUGUCUCGAGCAUGCCGAAUAAAACAUUACCCGAUAUCGAAUCAUUACAAGAGGCAAGAAAAUUCAUACAUAAACACAGGAAAAAUUCCGAUCCCUUUUUUCUGGCUGUUGGUUUCCAGAAGCCUCACAUACCUUUGAAGUAUCCCGAACGUUAUCUAAAGUAUCAUCCUAUACGAAAAUUCAAAAUGCCUGAACCAUAUCUAUGGCCGAAAAACGUGAGUAACGUUGCCUACAAUCCCUGGACUGAUCUCCGAUGGAGGAAGGACGUAGCUAAACUGAAAUUAAAAUUUCCAUGGGAAAGAAUACCAGAGGGGUUCGCUAAAUUAAUUAUCCAAUCGUACUACGCAGCCGUGUCUUACAUUGACAAUAUGAUCGGCAAGCUUAUACAUCAGCUACGUGUCUCGACAAUUCGAGAGAAUACUAUCGUAAUAUUAACAUCUGACCAUGGUUGGGCACUUGGAGAACAUGCUGUCUGGUCUAAAUAUAGUAACUUCGACGUCGCAGUGCACGUACCUUUGAUAAUAUCAAUUCCAACAGUCACAUCUGAUAUCAAUAAUUACGGUUCUACGCCUACAGAUCGUAUAAGAUAUAAUGCGCAGAUUACAAACAAUGACAGAAUGAAAGAUAAGAUCAAUUCAAAGUACAUGGUAUUAGACGAAGGAAAAAUCGGUGUUGAUACAAAUACAGAUUACAUGAGAAGAUAUGAAAGAAUCCUCUGGGAGACGUAUAUUCAAAGGGAAUAUAAUAUAUCUAUGGAGAGCAGAGCGUUACGUUCUAAGAAGCAUUGUCGAAUUACUAACGCUAUCGUAGAACUCGUCGAUUUAUUUCCAACGAUUGCAGAUCUGGCGGAUGUUCCCAUACCGAUAUGUCAAAUUAACGACAUGGACCGUCGGUUGCGCUCGGGAAACAUUCUCACCCGAAAGGAAAUGUCCAAUCCUUGUAGCGAGGGUAUUACACUUUUGCCGCUUAUAAAAAGUACCCUAGAAUGUCAGAAAGUAUCUUGGAAAAAGGCGGCGUUCAGUCAGUAUCCGAGACCAGGAAUUCAACCUACGCUUAAUCCCAAUAGCGAUAAACCACGUUUGAAAGAAAUAAAUGUAAUGGGCUACACUUUGAAAACUCGCGAUUAUCGUUACACCGCAUGGUUACCGUUCACGCAUACGACGUGCAAACCAGAUUGGGAUAUCAUCAUCGCGGAGGAAUUAUACGAUCACAGAACUGACAGGAAGGAAAAUUUUAACAUAGUAACCUCAUCGAAAAUGUUAAAUAUAAAAAAACAACUCAGAGCGUUACUAAAAGCUGGAUGGAGAAGUGCUCUCCCAAAUUAAAAUAUUAUUAAAAUUAUAAUGCAACAUUUUGAUAUCACACCAAUGCAUUUAACAAUAUCCAAUAUUAUAUCCCUAUUUUAAGUAUUUAAGAGAUUUCUUUGUCUAUAUAUAGCAUAGAAUUAAUAAAUUACAUUAUCAUGUAUUGAUUAUAUAUCACGGAAGAAGUGAAUGCCAAUAAUCAAUCAUAAUUUAUUAUAUAUUAUAAAAAAAUGUAAAUAAAUUUAUAAAAUAUUUAUUAUA